ACUUGGACGUCAUUCGUGACUGUUGUGUGUUGACUCUGCAGCGAGCAUUCGUUCAGCCUGCCUUCUCGUCGCUUCAGAAUACCCACAAAGCUUCCUACACUGUACCCAAUCCCAGCGGACUGAUACUCCCAUCAGCACCUCCGCUGCCAGGUUGAUCUAAGCUCGACGAAUGAGCUCUUGAUAUUCCGCGGAGGCCGCCACGUAGCAGAGCAAAGCUCGCGUCGCGACUCACACGAAGGAGGAUUUCGAUUGCCGCCUUGGGAGAUCGGAACAGCUGCAUCUCGACGCUCAUCAGAACGCUCUGGCCCAGAUUGCCGACUGAAUCGGCAAGUACACGGAUCACCAGCUUCCCCAAACUCGUUUCAAGAUGACAUCGGCUGCGGAGCCUCGACACCGCGGGACGCUGGUCUGCGUCGUCUUGAAGGCCAAGAAUCUUCCAAACAAGCGGAGCAUCGGCAAGCAAGAUCCCUACUGUGUCUUGACUCUGGGCUCAGAAACUCAAAAGACCGAUCCCGAUAAGAAGGGAGGCCAACAUCCGGUCUGGGAUUCUCAGCUGCAUUUCGAGAUAUUUGAAGAUGUGGAAGAUAUGUUGAAGAGGACUGCGGGAGACGGGGAUGUAGACGCGAAUGCUACGCUCAAGGCGGGCUCGUCGACUUCCGCAGCCAAAAAGGGCAAAGCGACCACCAACAAGGCGCUCAAAGUGACUUGCUAUGCUGAUGACAAGAACGAGCCCGAGUUCAUUGGCGAGGGCAUGAUAGACUUGACGGAAACGCUCAAAACGGGCGAAUUUGAUGAAUGGGUCACCAUCAAAGCAAAAGAUCGGUAUGCGGGAGAGGUCUAUCUCGAACUUACGUUUUAUUCAUCGGCCGCUCCGCCUAGAAAGAAAAAGGCAGCGAAGCCAGUGGUCUCUGGUAACGGCACUUAUGGAGGAGCUGGCACUUUCGUCGCAGACAUUGACGACGAAUUUGAGGUGGCUCCUAGACUACCUGCGAAGGCUGCAGCGAAUCCAAGCGGCCACGCCCCAAUUCCAUCGUCCAUGCGUCCGGGCAGGGCAAGCUUUAGCGGAGCAGGAGCUGGUCACGAGGCGCAAUCAAGUGCAGCUUCCACCAUGAGCCACUCAAGGACACAUGGCGAUCUUGGCUCCUUCAGCUCGACCCCUGACGAGAUUCCCUCAACCCUGAGGCCAAGCUCAAGCUUAGCCCAGAUCAGCGCAUACACGCCCCCAUACGCGCCAUCUACCAUGCGAGCGCCCUCGCCUGCGCCUCCAUCACGCACUCAGGAUCCCUCCGCUACCUUACGAACCGGCUCUUAUCCGCCACCAAAAGCCAGCCAUCACGCUCAACAAAACUCAAGCGACGCCAUCAGCAGCAUCCCUUACUCUGCCAGCGGUCAUCCUUCCUCGACGAGCUCUACAGCGACCCUGCGACCUGGUGCGCAGAAUUGGCCGGGAGGAGAAUUGGCCGAUGAGCUGUUGCGGCCUAUGAGCUCGAUGAGCUUCAGUAGUCAGUCGAAUCUAGCUGAGAGACCCUUGCCACCACCCACGCCAAGUAAUCACUGGGCCCCGCCACAACCGACGCCUAGUCCGCAUGGUGCACCUGCCCCGCCACAGUCACCUUCGCCGUACGCGUACAGUGGCCAGCCUGGGCCUCCGCAACAGCCUCAACAGGCAUACGCAUAUCCACCACCCGUAGCGCCAACACCACCAAUACAUCCUUCUUCGGCUCCUCCGGGUCAUGCCUACCUGCAGGACCCACCACAGCCGCAACAGGUUUAUACUCAAGCGUACGGAUACUCGCAGCCACAGCAAUCACCCGCACCGCCGCCGUCGCAACAUCAGCAGCAACAGCAGCAUCCGAACUAUCAUCCUCAAGCUGGUCUUCCUCCACCUCCAUCUCAGCCUUCGCAAGGCUAUGAACCGCCUAGAGCACCCUCUCCUGCGCCUCGUCCUCAUUCCACGGCAAGCUACCACGCUUUGCCCAACGUUCCACCACCGCCAACAGCUUCUGUGGUCAACGCACAGUCACUUUAUCAGUCUUCGACGCAUCUGAGCCAACCUCCCGCCCCUCCGCCACCGCGUGCCCCUUCGCCGUCACCUUCGGUAGCUCACUCAACGACACAAAGCAGCAUCUACGCCCCGCCGCCACCGCCUCAAUCGUUCUUCGCCAUGCCAGCUCAUUCUUCACCUCCCUCUGUGGCUCAUCGGCCCCUUCCGUCGACACAACCUCCUCCGAGCGAGUAUGGCAUCCCUUCACAUCACCAUCCUCCACCUGCGCAGCAGUAUUACGUUUCGGCACCCCAGUACGGUACACAGAGUGGCGUAGCCGCACCGGGCCAGUACAUGUAUGGGCAGCCUCCGAUACCCAGCGCUCAAAGUUGGCCUCCGCCCCCACCUCAAGGUGCUCCGACGCCAGGUCUGCCCGUCCAAGCCCCCCCGGGAGUCUACAUUCCGCCUACUCCGCCUCCUGGAGCAGUAUAUGCAGCUCCUCAUCCACCAUCUCAUGAGCUGCAGAGUCAUCCGCCUCCACCCCACUCCCAUGCUUCGCACCAACAGAUGUACCCGCAACAGCACGGCGCCCCUCCUCCGCCGCCUUCCGGUCAUCAUUACCCGCAUCAGACUUCUCUGCCUCCAAGUCAUCACCAACAGCAACAAUCGCCCUAUCAUUACGCUCCUCCACCUCAGUAGAUUGUCGUUUGUUCUCAUCGGAAUUCGAAUCGGAACUAUUCCAAAGCAGUCUUGAAUCGAGGCCGCUGGACGUGAGAUGAUAGCUGAAUUGACAGAUGAGCGCACAUCCCUAGGUCACUUCAAGAUUCUUCGGAGCGGACUGAUGGAGUACGAUGGAGGCAAUGUAUGCAUU